AUGAACAUCACCAGUUACGUGACGUCCGAGCGAGAGUCAGCUCUGCUUGUUGGAGAUUAUAGUGUCUACCGUGCGCAAGCGACACGCCGAAUCCACUCGCUCAGAAAACGAAUGGGACAGACCACCCCGAAAGGGCGCAAAUACAUCCCAAAGGCGCCAGUCACCGCCGAUGAUAUACAACGUGACCAUGAAUUCGUUAAUCUCCUUUUAAUGAGUGCUGAAAGGGCUUGGGCUGCUGCUAUGGCCAUGAAGAAGGCCCAGUCCACAGAAAAUACUCAGAGGAGAAUGCCGGGAUCCACGAAGAGACAGAUCUAUUCAAGGCUUAGCAAGGCAAUACAAUACGCGGAGCAUUUACAGAAAUGCCUACAAGACAAAGUACUGUCCUGUGUGAAUGAUACAGACAAUCUGGAAGCAGCAGCCUACCUCGCUUUGAUGCGAGGGGCCCUACACUUCGAGAAGGCUCGAUGGGAACCAUGUAUUAGAGAAUACUCCGUGGCUCGGGUGAUCUAUGCGACGCUGGGCUCUGCUUCACGGUUGGAUCUUUUCAAGGAUCUACUCUCAAACACUGUAGAUCCAAGCAUACGAUACGCUGCAUAUCAGUUGAGGUAUUCGAGGACUAAGGCCGUUUCUGAUAUUGCGAUCGAAGGAUUUCCGCAGAGCAAAAGCGAGCUGCUGGGGCAGAUCAAGAGCUUGAAUCCUGACGCGCUCCUAACCAGCGAAGCAGCUGAAGCAAAGGGUCAGAAUGCCUCGUAUGAUACUCCGUCAACCAUUACCUGGAGGGGGCGAACAGUUAAGAUUGAGGAUGCUACCAUAGCACAAGCAAUCGAAUCAGCCGAUAGGAAGGAAAGGGAACUUGCCAAGCUUCAUGCAAAGGGUCAGAGUGACGUUAGAGAACUCACAGCAGCUUAUGACGACGUGAUCAACGCUCGACAAGAAGCCGUGGACGCGACGAAGACCGCAAUCGAAGAGUUGAUGUCUGAGGGAAUGGAUACGAGCGAUACAAGAGUGCAGUCGCUCCAGGUCACACGAACUGCAGUCAACUAUGCUGUUAUUGAAUUGAUGGUUGGACGAAAUCGGCAACUCUGUGGCCAGUAUGAUGGUGCCACUUUCGAACGUACUUUUUCCAAGCGGUCUCGUAAACCCAGAAAGGAUGGCACGAACCGUGUCCUGCGUGAAGAGAGUACCAGCGUGCAAGUUGCAAAAUUGCGCGAAAGAGUGGCUCUGUACGACUCCAUCCUGCAAAGUAUCGAUGCUGUAGGGGACUUGUUAGGCGUUGCCGGAGAUCUGAGCUUUAUGGAAGAGCUUUCAACUAAAAGGGCCUAUUUCCGAGCCUUGAAAUGCCUCACAAUUGGUCGUCGUUAUGCUAUCUUGGGGGAGUUCAGAAAUGCACUUGCAUUAUACGCUCGAUCACUGGAGCUAACAAGUAGCGUUCUCUCUACCCACUCGAUCGAAGAAACAGAAGCAAGCCACGGCCUGUCAAAGCUCGACGUUACUUCAAAAGAUCUCCAGAGAUUUCAUGGUUUGAUCGACGGUACUGUGUCGCAGUAUCGAGCUUUGGUAGAACUUAAGGACCUUAUGGAACAGCAGAAAGCUUCAGCGAAAGACAUAUACGUGCCCCCACUAGUCGAAAGACUCGGAGAGUAUCCAGCUGAGGAUAUUGACUUGAUGAAGUUGGUAAACUUCCCACCGAAAAUCCAACCAAUUCCCGUCAAACCCUUGUUUUUCGACCUUGCUUGGAACUACAUAGAUUAUCCCGGCCGUGCCAUGUCAGGCGUAAAUGGUGCGCCAGCGGCUCCGGAAACAGCAGCAGAGGUGAAGAAAGAACCUGCUAAGAAGGGCUGGUUCGGGUUUGGACGCUUCGUCAAGACCCUCACGGGCAAGACCAUCACCCUCGAGGUCGAAUCCUCCGACACGAUCGACAACGUCAAGAGCAAGAUCCAAGACAAAGAGGGCAUUCCACCGGACCAGCAACGCCUGAUCUUCGCCGGCAAACAACUCGAAGAUGGCCGCACCCUGUCAGACUACAAUAUCCAGAAAGAAUCAACCCUCCACCUCGUCCUCCGUCUCCGUGGCGGUAUCAUCGAACCAUCACUCAAAGCCCUUGCUAGCAAGUACAACUGCGAUAAGAUGAUCUGUCGGAAAUGCUAUGCUCGUCUGCCGCCUCGGGCUACGAAUUGCAGGAAGAAGAAGUGCGGGCAUUCGAACCAGCUGCGGCCGAAGAAGAAGAUUAAGUAG